AUGCCUGGAGCCGCUGGACAAUUUUGUGAACGUUGUGACCAUGGCUUCUGGCAUUAUAAUUCUCAAGGUUGUCAAAAAUGUGAUUGUGAGGCUGAUUUAAGUAUGGGAACUGUCUGCGAUGUAAAUACCGGUCAAUGCCAUUGUCAAGAAGGAGCUACAGGCUCUAGAUGUGAUAAAUGUUUAACAAAUUAUUUGCGAGUACCUGGAUAUGGAUGCCGUCUUUGUGAUGAAUGUGUUUAUGCUUUGGCUCAAGAAACUGACCAAAUGGAAUCAAAUGUUGCCCAUCUCCGAUCACUUCUUUCAAAUGUUUCCAGUGAAACUCUUACAGGCGCUCGUCUCAAUCGCAUCCAAAAACAAAUUGGAGAAUUAGAACCAGCAUUGGAGAGUGUUAUUGCAUCAAAUUCCCCAGAGGCCGAAGAAAUUUCCUCUCAAAUUGCACCUAAAGCACGUUCCUUAAAUGAAGCAGCUUCUGCUGCAGCAAUACGUUCACAAAGAGCAACAGAGCAAUUAUCUACUUUAGAUAAAAGACUUGAUAAAAGUUAUGAACAACUUGGGGAAAUCCGUACAAAUGCUCAACAAUUAUUGGAGAUGACUAGAUUAACUAUUGAUAGAAUUGGAAAACUUGGACGGCGUUUUGAAACACAAGCUCCAUUGGAUAUAAACAGAGAAGAAUUAAGAAAUCAAUCAGAAGCAAAACUGAAAAUGAUUAGAAAAGUGGAUGGUGGAAUUGAAGAAGCACUUUCUGAAGCAAGAAAACAUCUUACAAAUGUUAUGGCAACACAAGAAAGAAUUGGAGAAUUAAAAGGAAGAAAUGAUGAAUUAAGUAAUAAAAUUAGUGAAGAAAGAGGACGUUUGGAAAAAUUAAAUGAAUGGAGAGAAGCAUUUGAAGAUGAAUUAAAAACAGUUAAAAGUUCAUUAGCUGAUAUAAAAAAUAGUUUGGAUUCUCGUUCAAUGUUUUCACUACGUGCUCUAAUUGAUGGAAUCGAAAAGGAUGCCAAAGCACUUGAACGAAGCAGUUCUGAACAAGAAUCUCAUUUAGGCAAUGUCACAAAUUUACUUGAGGAAAUAACUAAUCAACGGGCAAUAAUUGACCAACUUUUGUCAGAACUAUCUGAAUUAAAAAAUCAACUUCCUCCAAUUGAUGACAGCACUUUUCGCAUCCGUCGAGAAUCAGAAAGAGCAAUUAAACAAAAACUUCAACAUAAAGUUGCACAGUUGGAAAUAGAAGCACAAAAAGUUGUUGCGAUAUAUGAUGCUGCACGUUUAGAAGCUAAAAAGGCUAUGGAAGCAGCAAAUAUUUAUAAAGAAGUAAUUGAAGGAAUGAAACAAGCAAGAAUACAAUCUUUGGAUGCCGAAAACAGAAUGCGUGAAGCUGGAGAACUUAUUCGUUCCCAAAAUGGAAAUGCUAAAGAAGCUAGGAAUAAAAGUAAAAUAUUAAAAGAAAGAAGCUCCUCGAGUGUAGAAGCCCUUGGAGAAGCAAAGGCAAGAGUUGAUGCUCUUACUAAAAGAGAAGAACAAUUGGCUCCUUUGAUAACCAAAAUUCGAAGUGAUUUAUCUGAAAUUAGCCAACAAUCACCUAAAGGAGGUGAUGAAAACCAACUAGAUAUUGACACAAUUAGAGACAAGGCUGAUCAAUCACAGCAAAGAAUUGAACCUUUAAAUGAAAGUUUCCAAAAUAUGGGUAAACAAUUGGAAGAUGUUGAUAAAAAAGUUCGGGAAUUGGUGGAUUCGAGUGGUAAAGCUUUUGAAGAUACUGCAACUGCUAGAAAUCAAAUACAGCAAGUAAUUAAAUCAAUGCCUGAAUUAAAAGAAGAAUGGGAAGAUUCUCAAAAAAGAAUUGAACAAACGAUAGCUAAUGUAAAAGAAACUCGUUCAAAAUUAGCACUUUUAAAAGAAAAAGUUAUUCUUGCAAGAGACAAGGCAAAUCGUGUUAAAUUGGGUGCACAUUUUGAGAGGGGAAGUUAUUUGGAAUUGCCACUUCCCCAAACUUCUGAUGAUUUUGCUGAAGUCACAGAUGUUCGAUUCUUCUUUAGAACACGCGAACGAAAUGGUUUUCUUUUCUUCCUUGGUUCUUCUAAUGCUCAACUUGCUGGAGAAUUUUUGGGAAUUGAAUUGGAAAAUGAACGGCCAAAAAUGACUUUAAAUCUUGGUGGAAAAGCAGCAAAUCUUUCACAUUUGUCUACACCUGUUAGUGAUAUGAAAUGGAGAGAAUUAGUUGUACAAAGAAGAGGAAAACGUGCUUUAAUGAAAUUAAGUAAACCUGGAGGAAAUGUUGAGGAUGGACCUGAUGAAGAAAAAAAUAUUGAAUUAAUUGGUGGAAAGUCUAUUUUAAACUUUUUUGACGAUUUACGUCAUUUAUUUGUUGGUGGUAUUCCACCAACUUUUCUUUUACCGUCAGCUCUACAACAAAGACAUUUUACGGGUGAUUUAGAUAAAUUGAGUGUAAAUGGAGAAUUAAUUGGUUUUUGGAAUUCUGAAAAGUCCCAUGGAGUAAGUGGAUCUGAAAUGCGUCAAUUACCCGAUUCUGAGAAGAUUGCUGAAAAUGAAGUUACUUUUAAUGGUAGAGGAUAUUUACAAAUGGAUGUUGGGCCUUGGAAUCCUCGAAAGAGAACAGCUAUUAUUUUGUCUUUUUUGAGUUAUUCCCCGGAUGGUUUACUCUUUUUUGUUGGCAAAGAUCGAGAUCAAUUAGUACUUGAAUUGGUUGGUGGUAGAGUUAGUCUUCUUUUUGAUUUGGGUUCUGGUCCAGCUAAAUUAGUUAGUAAUGAAGAGAAAUAUAAUGAUGGAAAGUGGCAUUUGGUUGAAGUUGAUAGAAAUGAAAAAACGGCUAAAUUGCAAGUUGAUGGAAGUGAUAAAAUUGAAGGUGAAUCCCCUGGUUCUCUUUUUGAAAUGAGCGUUUCUGAUUCAUUUUUCCUUGGCGGAUUACCUACAACCAUUGAAACAACUCGUUUUGCUGUCCAUCCAUUCCGUGGCUGUAUUCGAAACUUAAAAUUGGAUAGUGAUUAUAUUUCAUUAGCUCGUCCAAAAGCAUCAAAAGGUGUUCAAUCCUCAUGUGUUAAUCGAGAUGUUCGUGUUGGUACUUUACUUUCUGAACGCUCAUUUGCUCAAUUUACCGGCCUUUCACUUGACGGACAAUUAGAAUUAUGUUUCCGUUUUCGUCCAUCUAUUUCCAUAAAUUCUCAACAAGAAGUUCAUUUACUUAGUGUAAUGGUUAAUAAUGAUCAAGAAGAACUUCUUCGUGUACAUUUGGAGGAAGGAGGACGUUUCUUAGCAAUUCGGCCAAACGGGGAUGAUACAGGAUUGAUUAAAACAGAAUUAAGUCAUCGUUUGGCUGGUGGUUGGCAUCUUUUGUGUGUUCAUCGAAAUUCUAAAAUAAUGCAUGUUUUUGUUGAUGAUGCUAUUGAUGAACAAACUCAGGCACCAAUUGAAGGAAUUGAUUUACUUAAUUCAAAAGAUGUUCUUUUGGGUUUUGGCCGGUUAGAAUCUUCCCCUUCAUUCGUUGGAUGUAUUGGAGAUAUUCUUUUUGGAGGGCAAUUACUCUCUUUGGCACAAAGUAGUGCAAAUGAAUUAACACUUUCUGGGUGUUCAAUUGCUGGAUUAAACGAAUUUACAUCUUCAAUUGAUGAAUCUUUGCCUGAUCUUCCAUUACCCGCAGUUAAUGCUGAACGGCAAACACAAGAAGAGAAGAAAACGGGGGAAAUAUUAAAUGAAUCUAAAAUUAUUUCCUCAACAAUUCCCUCUGCAAAAGUUCGUCCAGAAGGUGAAUGUGCUUUACCUUUAAAACCUCAUGGAGAACGUGAAGAUUCUUCUGGAUUACGUUUUGGUCUUUCCCCAAAUACUCGUUUAGAAUUUGAUGUUGGGGAAAUUACUGGAUCAGAUUUAGUAUUUACAGUAGAAUUGAGGGCUACAGCAGCAAAUGGAAUUAUAAUGUUUGUGACAGAUGAAAGACAUAGUCAAUUUGCUGCAAUUUAUUUAUUAAAUGGAAAACCAGCAUUUUCUUCAAAAAGUUCUUCUUUUGGACAAUUAACAAUAACAAGUAGUCAAUCAUUAUUAGACGGUGAAUGGCAUUCAAUUCGUGUACAACGUGAAGGUUUAGCUUCUGCUUUAUAUAUUGAUGGACAAUUAAAUGUCCAAAAUAGAAGUGAAGAAUUAUUAACAAAUUCAAUAAAUACAAAUGAUUUACUAAAUUUGCAAUCCCCUUUAUUUAUUGGGGGACUUCCAAUUGAAUUAAUUCCCUUUUCUGCACGUUUUUUGUUUGGUGUUAAAUCAGAAUUUGGUGGUUGUUUACGUAAUUAUGCUUUUAAUGAUCGUCAAUUGGAAGAAUUACCUUUAAUGAAAGAAAGUGGGACAGUCCCCUGUUCUCAAUUUAAAGAGCCAGGUUUAUUUUUUGGAAAAGAAGGGGGAUAUGCUAUUUUGGAUAGACAAUUAGUGGUUGGAACAUCAUUUAGUUUAGAAUUAGAAUUAAAACCUCGAACAAAAAAUGCAGUUAUUGUGUCUGUUGGAGUUUUGGACUUUUUAAGUUUACAAUUGUUAAAUGGAAGUGUUAAAUUUUCUGUUGAUAAUGGAAAUGGUGUUGAAUCAGUUUUGUAUGAGCCCCCAAUUGGGACUUCUCUUUGUGAUGGGCAUUGGCAUCAAGUGAAAAUUUAUAAAAAGAAAAAGCUUUUAACGUUAAAUGUUGAUGGAAAAAGUAGUCUUCGAGUAUUGGGGAAAAAAUCGGCAUCAGAAACGAGUACACACGAUCCUUUAUAUUUGGGUGGAGUUCCUCGUGAUGUUAAAUUAAAAGGAUUGGAUACUCAAGAGCCAUAUGUUGGUUGUAUUCGUGUAAUCUUCCUUGGGAAAAAGAAUCGGCGAAGAAAUGUUCCAGAUGAAGUAGCACAAGAAUUGGAAUUGUUUGGGUCUGUUGACAGAAAUUAUUGUCCAUUAAAUUGA